CAGAGCCCCGUGGUUGCACAGCACCACAAGGAGCCAGCAGUCAGUCCUUGAGCACAACUGUUGCGGCAGCAGCGGCGGUGGCAGCAGUGGUGCUGACAUUGGGACAGCGGUGUCAGGACAGUGUUGGCAGCAAGAGCUGGGGACUGGCAGAGGGCAGGGCACCAUGGCCCUUGCUCUGCGCCUCUUCCUCCCGCUCCUCCUGGCCGUGGCCCUGCCUGCCAGGGCUGCCCAGGCUGCUCCGCUGCAAGCACGGGGAGCAGGCUGGGAUGGCGACAUGGCUUAUCCGGAUGCCCUACUGGAUGAGAGCUUGGAGAAUUCUCUUGGAGAGAUUCUCUUGGAGAAUGCUGGAGGUCCUUCUCCAUGGAAGAACUCAGACACUGGAGACAAGAAAUCCCUGGAGGCAGCCAGACACCUGGACCAGAUGCUGAGUGAUCUGGAGAGACGCCGUGAGAUGAAGCGAAAGGCUGUGCUGAAGGCAGCAUUUCCUGGAGGAAGCUGUGGCCCAUUGGCAGCCCCUGCUGCAGGAAGUGAGGCGAUGCCAGGCACAGUCACAGGAGCUUGGGAUGGCGACAUGGCUUCUCCAGAUGCACUAUUGGAUGACAGCUUGGAGAAUUCUCUUGGAGAGAAUCUCUUGGAGAAUGCUGGAGGUCCUUCUCCAUGGAAGAACUCAGACACAGGAGACAAGAAAUCCCUGGAGGCAGCCAGACACCUGGACCAGAUGCUGAGCGAUCUGGAGAGACGCCGUGAGAUGAAGCGAAAGGCUGUGCUGAAGGCAGCAUUUCCUGGAGGAAGCAGUGGCCCAUUGGCAGCCCCUGCUGCAGGAAGUGAGGCGAUGCCAGGCACAGUCACAGGAGCUUGGGAUGGCGACAUGGCUUCUCCAGAUGCACUAUUGGAUGACAGCUUGGAGAAUUCUCUUGGAGAGAAUCUCUUGGAGAAUGCUGGAGGUCCUUCUCCAUGGAAGAACUCAGACACAGGAGACAAGAAAUCCCUGGAGGCAGCCAGACACCUGGACCAGAUGCUGAGCGAUCUGGAGAGACGCCGUGAGAUGAAGCGAAAGGCUGUGCUGAAGGCAGCAUUUCCUGGAGGAAGCAGUGGCCCAUUGGCAGCCCCUGCUGCAGGAAGUGAGGCGAUGCCAGGCACAGUCACAGGAGCUUGGGAUGGCGACAUGGCUUCUCCAGAUGCACUAUUGGAUGACAGCUUGGAGAAUUCUCUUGGAGAGAAUCUCUUGGAGAAUGCUGGAGGUCCUUCUCCAUGGAAGAACUCAGACACUGGAGAAAAGAAAUCCCUGGAGGCAGCCAGACACCUGGACCAGAUGCUGAGCGAUCUGGAGAGACGCCGUGAGAUGAAGCGAAAGGCUGUGCUGAAGGCAGCAUUUCCUGGAGGAAGCAGUGGCCCAUUGGCAGCCCCUGCUGCAGGAAGUGAGGCGAUGCCAGGCACAGUCACAGGAGCUUGGGAUGGCGACAUGGCUUCUCCAGAUGCACUAUUGGAUGACAGCUUGGAGAAUUCUCUUGGAGAGAAUCUCUUGGAGAAUGCUGGAGGUCCUUCUCCAUGGAAGAACUCAGACACUGGAGAAAAGAAAUCCCUGGAGGCAGCCAGACACCUGGACCAGAUGCUGAGCGAUCUGGAGAGACGCCGUGAGAUGAAGCGAAAGGCUGUGCUGAAGGCAGCAUUUCCUGGAGGAAGCAGUGGCCCAUUGGCAGCCCCUGCUGCAGGAAGUGAGGCGAUGCCAGGCACAGUCACAGGAGCUUGGGAUGGCGACAUGGCUUCUCCAGAUGCACUAUUGGAUGACAGCUUGGAGAAUUCUCUUGGAGAGAAUCUCUUGGAGAAUGCUGGAGGUCCUUCUCCAUGGAAGAACUCAGACACUGGAGACAAGAAAUCCCUGGAGGCAGCCAGACACCUGGACCAGAUGCUGAGCGAUCUGGAGAGACGCCGUGAGAUGAAGCGAAAGGCUGUGCUGAAGGCAGCAUUUCCUGGAGGAAGCAGUGGCCCAUUGGCAGCCCCUGCUGCAGGAAGUGAGGCGAUGCCAGGCACAGUCACAGGAGAUGAGCAUGCUAGCAAGGCUUCUCCAGCAGCUGGGAUGGAAGAUGGUUUGGAACCCUUGGGAGAUUCUGCAGGUGUGUCUGCAGGGAGGACUUUUCAGGCUCCUUUCCUGGUUGCUGCGCACAAGCCCGGCUCCCAUCGCAGGGGUCCGCCGAGAGGGAGGAACAGAUCUACUAAACACAUGAAGUCCCUGGAGGCAUCCCAACACAUGGACCAGAUGCUGAGUGAUCUGGAGAGACGCCGUGAGAUGGACCAAAGGGCUUUGCUGAAGGCAGCACUUCCUGAAGGAAGCCGUGGCUCCGUGCCAGCCCCCGAUACACGAAGGGAGGAGAUGCCAGACAGUGCCACAGAAGACGUUAUCACUGAAACAGGAAUAUUUGCCCCGGAUCCAGUGCGCCUCCCAAGAAUUGUCUGCCCCCAGGAUGUGCGCAGGUCCUGCAUGAUAGGCACGGUGGUGACACUGUUCACCGUGCCCCUCGUGCUGAUCGGCUGCUAUCUUGGCAUUCGGAAGCUGUACCAGAGCAGACGGUCAGUUGUUGAUUUUUCUCCACAGCUUUCUUGUAACUCUGCUCAUAGCAUUGGUAGCCUGACUCGUAGUCAUGCUGCACUGGAGCUGUGGCCAGUCCGUGGUUGUCCAAAGAACUCUGCUGAGGGCUCUGCUGCUGCCCAGUGCUUUCAUUGGCCUCUUCAUUGCUGGGCCUUGUCCUGGGGGGCCCGCUGGGGCUGCAGCCAGUGCUGGCUCCCACUGAGGCUGCCAGGCCAAGAGCAGCCCCGGGGGCACAGGGCAGAGGCAGAGCAAGUUCUCAACAGUAUUUGGGCCACACAGCUCAGGACAGGACAGUGCUUAUUUAGUAGCUCAUGUAAAGUUUCAUGGUGACAGUGAUGUUACCAGACAAGCAAAUCUGCUCCAGUUCAGUGUUCAAACAAAUCCAACCUGAUGAAGGUUUGGCUUUGGCCUUGAGGCUUUGCUCUUUGUGUGAGCCCUGUUCUGGAUUGAUUCCCACUCAGUCUUGGAGCCUGUUUUGGGUGAAGGCUCAUCCCGGCCCUGACCCUUGGCAGUUCUGGGCUCAAAGGCACCGCCGAGGCCGCACUGCACGUGACUGGGCUUCAGGGCUCCAUUAGCAAAGGCCUUUGAGAAGUUUAAAUUACUGUAUUCUUACUCUUUGGUUUUCUUUAUGGAAUUCCUU